AUGACUUCCACCACACCACCCAGCGAGACUGCAACCAUCGUCCCAGACGAGUCCGCAUAUCGAGCGGGCGGGCCACUCGACCAUCCUCUCUCUCAUGACCCACACAAUCCCGACCUCAGCUUUCCGUUCACCACCACCAAUGUCAGCCAGGGCGGAUUCACCAAUGAAUACCGCACCGUCUCAAAGACGGGCGUCGUGCCCGCGGACUUGGCCCUCCAGCCCAUCCCGACGCGCCUCCCAGAAACUCCUGCAGCGCUCCGGGACCCUGAAAAGGCAGCGACGCUCAAGGACGUGCAAUUGGUCACUUGGCUCCCAAAUGACCCGGAGGACCCACGGAACUGGUCAAAUAUGUAUCGUUGGUAUCUUACGGGCGUAUGCGCCAUCUCCGUCGUCGCAGUCGCAUUCGCCAGUGCCAUCGUGACGGGUGACUUUGGCGAUAUUCAGGACGACUUUCAAGUUGGCGAGGUCGUCGUCGCACUCAGUGUAUCCCUCAUGGUUUGUGGUUUCGGUAUCGGCCCUUUGGCAUGGUCGCCCUUGAGCGAACUUGUUGGCCGGAGACCUGUCUGGGUGUUUCCGGGCAUUAUUUACGUCAUAUUCAAUAUUCCUUGUGCUGUCGCACCUAACAUCCAGACUCUCCUCAUCUGUCGUUUCUUCUGCGGCAUCUUCGCUUCCGCACCCUUGACUCUCGCCGGCGGCACGAUCUCCGAUCUGUGGGACAACAACGAGCGUGGAUUCGCGAUCGCCCUCUUCGCCGCUGCACCAUACGGUGGCCCCGUCCUCGGCCCUAUUGUGGGCGGAUUUGUGGGUGAGACGAUCGGCUGGCGCUGGAUGAUCUGGGUGAACAUGAUCUUCGCUGGUGUCGUCUGGCUGUUUUGCUGCACCAUUCCAGAGACGUUUGCGCCCACGAUAUUGAAGAAGCGCGCUGCGCGCAUGCGGAAGGAGACGGGCAAUGUCAACAUCACCACCGAGCAGGAGCUCUUCAAAGCGUCAAUGAGCCAGAUCCUCAUCGAGACGCUUGUUCGUCCAUUCCAAAUGUUGGUUACGGAACCGAUUCUGCUCCUAAUGUCGAGCUACAUUGCGCUCAUUUACGGUCUUCUUUACGCGUUCUUCUUCAGUUACCCCGUCGUCUUCUUGGAGGAAUACCACUUCAACGAUGGAUUCUUCGGCCUGACGUUCUGCUCGGUCCUUAUCGGCCUCGCACUCGCCCUCUGCGUGACACCCCAGAUCGAGAAGAACUACCAAAGGCGCGCUGCAGCCAAGGGUGGGCGCGCAGAUCCCGAGGAUCGCCUGGUUGGCAUGAUGAUCGGUUGCUGGUUUGUACCCAUCUCGAUGUUCGUCUUCGGCUGGACGAGCCCUCCGACCGUCAUGCCCGGGGGUGGUAACUGGGUUGGGCCCGUUUCGUCUGGUAUUCCGUUUGGCUUUGGCAUGGUCAUAAUCUACUUCUCUGCAAACGCGUAUAUCAUCGACGCGUUCCCGGGAUACGUUGCGUCGGCGCUGGCUGCCAAGACGGUGAUACGGUCGGGCUCGGGGGCUGCGAUGCCGCUGUUCAUCGAGGCGAUGUACCACAAUCUUGGGAACGGCUGGGCGGCGUCGACGUGGGCAUUUAUCUCGCUUGCGAUGAUCCCCAUCCCGUUCUUGUUCUACAAAUACGGCAAGUCGAUCCGCGCCCGCUCAAAACGUGCCGUUGCUUAG